AUGGACACAUCUGACCCUCCACCAAGGAGGCUAGAAAAAAGACCCAGGGACCCACACAGCGCACCAGCGGACAAUACCCGCAGCAAAAAAAUUAAGAACAUUGAAACAGACGGCUAUGUGAAACCAAGGAAGAAGAAAACCACAAAGUGGACAAGGGCAUUCCAAAAACGCCCCAAUACGACGACCCCCACGAACAACAGAUUCGAGGUAUUGCGUAGCACUGAAGAGGAAAACGCAAGCCAGUCGCUACCCCAAGACAUCCCACUGCCAACAGAUCAGUCCACAGAUGAAGAACCCUCCACAAGUAGAACUCUGAAACCAACACAAAAAGUCAACAAAAACACCAACAUAACCCAAGCAAAUAAAAACAAGAAUCAAGGAACAUCACAGAACAAACAAACAACACCCAAAAAAGGAGAGAAGCCACCGCCAAUAGUUUUCGAUGGAGUCCUGAAGGAUAGAAGGGAAAUCAUACCACUCAUCAAAUCACUCACCACGAAACCCUUCUACUUCAAGUAUGGAGGGGAUUCCGCCCUUCUAUACACGGAGACAGUGCAGGACUUUGAGAACGUGAAACAGAAGUUGAAAGAAGACGAAGUAUCCUUCUACUCUUACUCCCUCAAGAAGGACAAAACCCACGCAUUCGUGCUGAGGGGCUUGGACUUUGAGCCUGAGCCCUCUGAGAUCAUGCAAGAAAUGAAAGAUGAUUACAACAUCAUGGUCAAGGAGGUCUACAGGCUCAACACAAGUUCCGUUAACAUCAGCUCGAGUAAUAACAGAAAACAAGCGACACCCUGCGUAGCAAUAAUUCAAUAA